AUGUUUAACGAGGUGCUGAGAAAAGAUAUAGUCAUUCUGUGCCGCCGCAUCCUAUUCGGGAUAUUCAACGAUAGUCCACGACCUUCAUUCAAUGAAUGGUGCCAGAAAGGAGGCGCACAUACCCCCGCUAGAUUGUCAUAUAUUGGCCACGAUGCUUUUGAUUUCCGCAUGUGCAUCAUAGUAGCAUUCAUGCGCGAAGCUCUCGACCACGGCAGAGCUAAAUUCUUUUUCGAGUUCUACGCUACGUUCGGUCCCUCUGCUAUCUUGCCUUUCAUUGAAAUGCGGAGAGCUGGGUAUCGAGUUCCUGUGGUGCUAGUAUCGAUGCUGAUCCUAGGAGUUCUGUAUCAGAUAUUUAGUGGCGCAGUAAUACUGCCUCUUUGGUGGACUAUUCACCUACUGUCUUCGGGCCAAAGGGCUAUAUCACUGCACCCACACUACAUCGAAGGAACCUUUAUAGGCUAUCUCCUUGGGUACCUACUGGUUUCCACCGUCUUGGUGAUUUCUCAAACUAUUACCGUCAACGUUGUGUGGCAAAUCUUUCCGGUUUCAAUUGUUGCCAUUCAAUCCCUUUAUUUGACGUAUCAGCAUUACGCACAGGGGGACGCUCCAGAAUGCUCGUACGAAGUCCUCCAGUUGGUCCACAUCACGAACUUCUGCUGGUCAGCAAUUACACAUGCGUAUGUUUUGUUCAGGGCAUUGGUAUCAAAUGCACCACUCGCCUCACUUAAGCAUGCAUACCACCCGACAUUCUCUCCUAGCUCUCUAUCUCCAGCGACGUCUGUAGCACAAAGCUUCUUAAAGUGGGAUAUAAUUUUUAUCACGGGCACUACUUUAUUUGCAGGAAUAUGGCUCUUACGUGGUGUUCAAUCAAGACUCUUGGCCAUCGGAUGGUUCAUCAUUGGAUCAAUCUUCUUUGGGAGUGGGGCAGCAUUAUCGGGCAUUUGGAUCUGGAGGGAGAAGGUACUGGAAGAGGAUCGGCGAAUGGCCAAACAAGCAAAAUCGGAAUGA